AUGGCUGCUGCGGCUGCUGUGGAGUUGACCGGUUUGGCUUUGCGCCAGGUUGCGGACGGCGAGGUUGGUGGAGCGGAAGAAACAGUACCAAAGUGUGGAGGUGGGAACGAAUACGAUGGGAGGAUGGGACUGAGGAUAUCUGCCGUCUUUGUCAUCUUGGUUGGAUCCACGUUUGGCGCGUUAUUCCCAGUUAUGGGGAAGGUCCACCCACGGUUUAAAAUCCCGGAAUGGGCAAUGAUGUUUGCCAAGUACUUUGGCUCAGGCGUUAUCAUUUGCACCGCAUUCAUUCACCUCCUCACACCCGCUAACGAGGCCCUCACAGACCCAUGCCUCACGGGCCCAAUCACGGAAUACCCGUGGGCGCAGGGUAUAGCGUUAAUGUCCGUCUUUGCUGUGUUUUUCGUGGAGCUACUGGCUACGCGUUUCGCAACCUUCUCAACCAGCCACCUCGGGUACGGUAUGGACAGCACUUCCUCCGACAACCCAAAAGAGCGUUGCAGCGAUUCCCCCCCCAACGGCGCCGCUGACCCAGAAACCCUCAACUGCGUGAAUGCUGAGGUUAUGGAGAACUAUGCAGCCCAGAUGAUUUCCAUUUUCAUCCUAGAAUUCGGUAUAAUCUUCCAUUCAAUCUUCAUCGGGCUCACACUCGCGGUUUCGGGAGAGGAAUUCAUUACACUGUAUAUCGUGCUUGUUUUCCACCAGACAUUUGAAGGCUUGGGGCUAGGGGCCAGGUUGUCGAUGGUGCCAUUCCCGAACAAGUGGAUGCCUUACGCUAUGGGCCUGGGCUUUGGUAUUACUACUCCUCUUGCUAUCGGGGUUGGAUUGGGAGCUAGGUCGACCUUGGACCCCGCCAGCCGGACUGCCUUGAUGUUGAACGGGAUUUUCGACGCUAUUUCUGCUGGAAUAUUGCUCUAUACGGGGCUUGUGGAGCUUAUGGCGCACGAGUUUUUGUUUAGCAAGACUCUGAAGAGUGCAAAGAUUUCCUAUGUUAUGAUGGCAUUCGCGUUUAUGGUGUUGGGGGCAGGUGGGUUAUCCUUCAGCUUCACAAAAAUCCCCAGUAUGGACCGUCGCUAA